AUGUCUGCAGUCACCAACGGUCACAGGAGCGAGGUCGAGCGGAUAGCGAACCACACCGAGGAAAAGCAUCUGCCCGGCGGCUGGGUGGUCCUCAAGUUUGGAGGAACGAGCGUGGGCAAGUUUGCGGAGAAUAUAGCGGGCAUUGUCAAGGCUGGCAACCAAGCCAAUCGCGCCGCUAUCGUCUGUUCUGCGCGCAGCACCAAGAACAAGACCGAGGGCACCACCAACCGCCUCCUCCGCACCGCCCGCGCCGCCGAGCAGCAGGGCCACCGCGGCUACGAUGACAUCGUCGAAGCCAUCCGCGCCGACCACGUCCAGGCCGCCAAGGACACCAUCCGCAGCGCCGACAUCCUCGCAGCCUUCACCGACGACGUCAACGCCGAAUGCGCGACUCUGACCAAGAUCCUCGAGUCGGCCCAACACCUCGAGGAAGUCACCAGCCGCGCCGAGGACAAGAUCAUUGCAAAGGGCGAGAAGCUCAGCUGUCGUUACAUGGCUGCCCUGCUCAACGACCGCGGCACGCCCGCCCAAUUCGUCGACCUCUGCGACAUCGUCACCUUCGUCAACCCCAAGAAGGGCCUCAACGAGCACUUCUACGCCGAUCUGGCUGCCUCUCUCGCCAGGGAGGUCGAGGCAUGCGGCGACAAGGUGCCAGUCAUCACAGGCUUCUUUGGCAACGUCCCCGGCGGAAUCUUGAACUCCAUUGGACGUGGCUACACCGAUCUCUGCGCCGCACUGGUUGCUGUCGGUACAAAGGCCACGGAGCUCCAGAUCUGGAAGGAGGUGGAUGGCAUCUUUACGGCUGACCCUCGCAAGGUCCCUACCGCUGCUCUGCUUCCUAGCGUCACGCCCUCGGAGGCCGCCGAGUUGACCUUUUACGGCUCUGAGGUCAUUCACCCCUUCACCAUGGAGCAGGUCAUCCGCGCACGAAUCCCCAUCCGCAUCAAGAACGUCAUGAACCCGCGCGGUGCAGGAACCAUCAUCUUCCCUGACAGCUUCAAGGCGCUGGAUUCACACUCUCCUCUCAGGGACGGCCUCUUCCGCACUCGCUCUUCCAGCCUUCUGAACGCCUUGAACACCCCAAGGCGCCCCACUGCUGUGACGAUCAAACACAACAUCGUCGUUCUCAACGUGCACAGCAACAAGCGCACCCGCGCUCACGGCUUCUUGAUGAACAUCUUCAGCAUCUUGGACCGUUGGCACUUGUCCGUAGACCUCAUUUCUUCCUCCGAGGUCCACGUCUCCAUGGCCCUGCAUUCCGAGUCUGCCAUGUUGAGCGGUGGCGGCGAAGACGAGUAUAGGAUCCAGGACAAAGACCUUCAGGGCGCGGUUAACGACCUAGGUGAGCUGGGGGCUAUCGACAUCGUGCCUGACAUGGCCAUCGUGAGCUUGGUCGGAAAGCAGCUCAAGAACAUGAUUGGUAUCAGUGGCAAGUUCUUCAGCGUGCUCGGCAACAACAACAUCAACAUCGAGAUGAUCUCGCAAGGUGCUAGCGAGAUCAAUAUCUCGUGCGUCAUUGAGGAGCGCGAGGCCGACCGUGCUCUUAACGUCGUUCACACGAAUCUAUUUACCUUCUUGGAAUAG